AUGUGUUUCUUGGGGGCAAAGGACAGAGCUGGCUGUUGGUCAGGCCCCGUGCCUGGCUCCUCCGAGGGAUGGCCAGGCGAGAGGAGGCCAGGUGGACAGAAAUGUGACAGGAGGCAGUUCCUGGGCAUACUGCCUCCUGAGAUCCAGGCCUGGGUGCGAGGUCAGCGGCCAGGCAGUCCUGAGGAGGCUGCUGCCCUGGUCGAAGGACUGCAGCAUGACCCUGGGCAGCUGUUGGGCUCACCCUCCAGCCCUCUACUUGCAGCUCAGUCCCCUGAGGGGCACCAUGGACACCAUGAACCAGCCUCUACCUCCUUCCACCCACCCAGGAUUCAGGAGGAGUGGGGGCUGCUGGAUUGCUCACAGAAGGAACUGUACUGGGACGGGAUGCCGGACACGGUGGUCUCCCUGGGGUUACCACCCCACCAGCCAGAGGCACAGGCCCAGUCGGAGUUGGGGAUGCUGCUCACGGGGGCAGGCGUCAGCAGAAACCUGGGCUCAGGAGAUGAGAAUGAGGGUCUGCCGGGCUGCCCAGAGGCCCAGCCACCCCAGGGCCCGGGUCCUGCGGCCUGGGAUGGCCCAUCUGGGGCCACAACUCCUGCACCCACUGCACGCCCAGGGACACCACCAGCGCCUGCCAUGCCCACACCCAUAGAGACGCGACUGGAGCCGGGCGCCACCCCCAGGAAGCCCUACAUGUGCGAGCAGCGUGGCCGCGGCUUUGACUGGAAGUUAGUGUUUGUCAUCCACCACCGGACACACACAAGCAGGCCAAGUUCUCAGUCCCCAGGGCAAGCCACUGGCGAAGGCACAGAGAAACCGCCGCAAGGGGAGCUGGCCUUUCCGCGCCACCCGCGAUGGUCACUCACAGGCCCCCGGAGUUACUCAUGCGAGGAGUGCGGGUGCAGCUUCAGCUGGAAGUCGCAGCUGGUCAUCUACUGCAAGAGCCACGCGGGCCAGCGGCGCCACUUCUGCAGUGACUGCGGCCGCGCCUUUGACUGGAAGUCGCAGCUGGUCAUCCAUAUUAAGAGUCACCGGCGGGAGGCUCCGUUGAGCAGCCAGACAGUGCAGUCCCUCAGGGCCUCAGUGUUCUCAGAGCCUGGAUGCAGCCUCUGGGGCACCUGCAGAAGACUGGAGGCAGCAGGGGAUGCUGGAGUGAACAAGGGGUCCCAAGCCAGUCCCCUUCCCCUGGCCCGCCUUCCCCCAAAAGACCUGGGUGUAAAGAAAAGGAGCUGCUUCCUCCCUUCUUGCCCCUUCCUCCUGGAGGGAAGUCGGGGUUCCCUUCUAUGA